AUGUCAGCUCCACCAGCAAUUGUAUUUACUGAUUUCGACGGUACUGUCACCUUACAAGACUCCAAUGAUUACUUGACUGAUAAUCUCGGUAUGGGAGAAGCCAAAAGAAGUGCCAUUGGUCAAGAUAUCCUUGAUGGCAAGACCAAUUUCCGUGAUGGGUUCAAAGAAGAAAUUGACUCGGUGAAAACUCCCUUUAAUGAAUGUCUUUCAAUCUUGUUAUCCAAUAUCAAAUUAGAUCCAGGUUUUAAAGAUUUUUACAAUUAUUGCCAAGCCAAUAAUAUCAGAAUUAUUGUUGUUAGUUCCGGUAUGAAACCUUUAAUUGCCGCCUUGUUGCAACAAUUGGUUGGUGCUGAAGCAUUGAAACAUAUUGAAAUCAUGUCUAAUGACGUACGUAUUGAUAAUGAUGGUGAGAAUUGGGAACUUUUGUUUAAACAUCCCGAUUCUGCAUUUGGUCAUGAUAAGGCCCAGUCGAUUAAAGAGUGGUUGCAUAAUCACGGAUUUGAUACUUCCGAGGUUAAGGAUGAUGGAUCAACUGAACCGAAAUUGUUUUAUUGUGGUGAUGGAGUUUCAGACUUGAGUGCAGCAAAGGAGACGAAUCUCUUGUUUGCUAAACAUGGUAAAGAUUUGAUCACUUAUUGUAUUAGGGAAAAGAUCCCUUAUACUGAAUUUAAUGAUUUUCAAGAUAUUUUAACCAAAGUGAAAAAAAUUAUAGAUGAUGGUGAACCAAUUAAAUCAUUUGUUGAAAAUCCAUCAAGUGUUUAA